UUCCCGAAAAAUUAAGAGUGGGCUCAGUUUCUGCAGCGUCUUCUUCCAGGGCAAGAUGAACACCGUUCUGCCUUGCCAAGACCAGUACUUUGUAGGAGGCCAGAGCUAUAACUGCCCGUAUUCCGGUACGACGUCAGAAUCUAGUGUUGACGUUUCCACGGAGACUUGGGUCUCUUUCUGGGCUGCUGGUCUCCUGGACAACAGAGAGCCCCAACAAGCACCACAGGCACAGGAAUCAUCCAGUGACUCGAAUUUCCCUGUUCUUAAUUCGUGUUCAUGGGAAGAGGCUCAGCUUUCCUCUCAGCUCUACAGAAACAAGCAGCUCCAAGAUACUCUGGUGCAGAAGGAAGAAGAACUUGCUAGGUUACAUGAAGAGAAUAAUCAUCUCAGACAAUACCUGAAUUCUGCUUUAGUUAAAUGUCUUGAGGAAAAAGCCAAGAAAUUGCUGUCAUCAGAUGGGUUCUCCAAAGCACGUGGAAAAUUCAGAAAGGGGAAGAGGAAACCCAAAGAGCAAAGAUAUUUUCCUCCUGAGAUUCCCCAUCAUAAAAAUGCCAAAAGAAACCUCUCUAGUGAAUUUGCUAACUGUGAACAACCUGGGCCCCCUGUGGAUCCCUGGGUUCUUCAAACACUGGGGUUGAAAGACCUCAACACCAUUGAUGACACCUCAUCAGCUAACUACAGUGCCCUGUCAUCUCAUCCCAGACGGACCACAAGCACAUUUCCCCAGUUUCUGAAUGAUGCAGUUGAUUAUCCCGGUGCCUCCGGGGAAGAUCUGCCAAUUGACUAUGGAGGUGACAGAACAACCCCCUCACACAGCACUGCCAGCCACAGGGAAGAUUUUCACUUCCUUUCUCAACUUUCAAAUCCCCCAGGAGGACUACAAACUCUUCCUUACUAUACUUCUGAUGUGUCACCCAAUAAGACAGAGAUGGCCUUUUCCACAUCCCUGAGCCCUCACUGUAAUGUGAAAACUCACUCCUUCCACCAGGGACAAGCCUUUGUUCGUCGAGAUGAAGAGGGAGGCUGGAAGUUUACCUGGGUCCCUAAGCAGUCUUAGUGAUCCCCUCCUCUAUCACAAAGGACGGCCAUGAACUCUGUUUACAAGACCUGUCUUGCACUUGAACCUGACUAUGUGGAAAAUGCAAGCUAUUGCCCAGACUGUCUCCUGCCACUUUAAAUGUCACUCUCAAUUACCUACUUAAAUCUGCAGGGAAUGGCUUCCAGGAAUCUAUAAUGAAACAUGCCUGCUCUUCUUUCACCUAAAUUUGACUUGUUUACACAGCCACACCUGCUGUUGACUUCCUUCCUUGGCCCUAUACUUGAAAAGGUAUUUUCCAAUUGCCUGAAUAUUCCUUUGAGACCUACAUGUGCCAUUCCAAUUAUAACAAGUCUAAAAGCUUUUCUUCUUUCAUCAGACAGUUUAAAUGUUCACAGCCUUCACCUUUCCACUUUUAUUUCUCUCCUGUUCCUCUUCAUUUCUAAAAACUGCCUUUGAAAUGAGCAUUAUAAUUGCUCCACAUAGCUGUUAUUGGGUGUUCAAAUAACUGGGGGUGGGGUAGAAACAAGAAUCUUUGCCCAUUGCCAUUCCUGAAGACGUAAAGUGAGUAAUGUUAUGUGUAGUGCAGUUCAUUAACUUGAGUGUCCCAUGAUGGAGCUGACAAAAAAAUCUCUUCAACACCUGGAAGUCUACUGAUAAGCAACAACACUGAUAAAUUAAAAGGUAAAAGAGAAUGAAAAUUACUUCAAAAUGCCUGCAUGGUGUAUCAGCUUCUAUGGGCACCUGGCAUUGUGUCUGCAACCAACAUCACUCAAACAAGAAGAUUUCUGAGGAAUUUGUGGUAACGGAAUAAGUCACUAUCCUAAACUAAUUAGAUGCUGAUACACUUCUAUUCCUGAAAGUAUAGUCUAGCCUAGCUCUGACACUGUCUUACUUAUCCAUUCAGUCAUUCAUGUGCUCAUUUGUUCAUUCAUCAACACACCCAAAAUAUUUGUAGAGCACCAACUGUGUAGCAGGCAUUGUGCUCUGUGGUGAUGAUAAAAUGUGAACAAGUUAGGUGCUGUGGCCACCCUCAUGAGACUCAGACUCACUCAUCUGCUGUGACCUUGAGAAAACUACUUCCUUGGUAUGAAAAUUCAGUUUUCCCAACUGUAGAAUACAGAAGUCACAGUAGAUAAUCACUGACAUUCUAUAAAUUGAGCCUGGGUCCCAUCAGCUUUACUCCAACACUGCCAUCCCAGGGCACUGUUCUCUGCUUUUGAUUGGCAUUGCAGAUAUGUUGGGUGAACUUUUUUGUAUACAAUUUUUUUUAAAUGUGAGUCAUUUGUAGUUAACACUAGAAAUCAUUGCUCUGAUCACAGUAUUCUUUUUUCUGGUAUGAACCCAUUUUGGGGUUAAUUCAGUCUGUGUGAGAACAUGCAUCUAAAAAAUAGAGACAUUAUUUUCUAAAUAAGUGUGCAUAGAUUUAAUGGAAAUAUUGACAUCAAAGAUCUCUCUUUCUAGAUUAAAAAACAUGCAUUCUUCAUGUUCAUGUUAGUUCUCCUUCUUUCCAAUUCCCCAGGCUCCCUAUCCUUCCCAGAAUAAGUUAGGUAUCAAAGAUGUGCACCUAUGAUUUUUGGGGAACCAAACUUCAGUUGAUGAUAAGACCCACCAUGUUGUACGCCUUUCCCAUUUUUCUUUAUUCCACCCUUCAGUAAGUCAUCUGUACAAUCAACGCCUGAGAGCAUGAGUAUUCUAUUUGGAAUUCUUUGUGACUAAGACAUGUCUUUUGUUUUAUUGCUGUUUGGUUUUUGCUUUAUUUUGGUGAUGUGGACAAAUGAUCUAUUUAUAAAGUUUUGCUACCACCCAGUUUUCUUUAUAAUCCGUGAAGGGGAAUCAAAUAUAUUAAUUAUUUUCAUGACUUGGGAAGAAAUAGAACACAUUCUAUUUUCUAAAAACAAAAACCAAAACAAAAAAGUGCCUUUUACAUUCUAAUAUCUGUUCCCCUGUAUGGUGAAAUUUAUCUCUUUUUAAUUACAAAUAUAAGAAUUAGAACUGACUGUGCUUUAAUAGUAGGAAUCAAGAAAGCAACAUAAAUAUUUUGAAAGUCUAAAUGAUCAAGUUGUAAAACAAAAUUGAU